AUGUCGUUUCGGAAACACCAGGAACGAAUAUCCAAACAAUUCACGCUGAACGAAGCUCAAACUCGCGCGUUUAUGAUCAUUACCGAUCAUAUCAAUGGAGACAACCACUUGAAAAAAGACAAUAAACAAGAUCAGUUAUGUGUUCAUGAACUACGAAAACUAGCACCAAAAUCGAAUGCUGCAGCCCAGAUUGACGGCCUCACAAUUCACUCUUUCACAUCAUAUAGAAAUCUAAAAACGAUAAGCGCAGCUCAACGAACAACGAUCGAAAAGGCACGGCGACAUGUUCGAUAUAUAAUUAUUGAUGAGAUGUCAAUGGUGGAUGUUUACUUAUUAGGACAACUUGAUGGUUUGUUGACGGUAGCCAAGCACUGCAGUCCAAGCAUACUAUUUGGAGACAUUAACGUCAUAUUCUUUGGAGAUUUCAUCCAGUACGAUCCUGUGGGAGACCAAUCAUUGUAUUCCGACAUUAUUUCCGAUAAAACACAGAAGAAGAAGAAUAUCAGAGAGACACGUGUUGCUACAUGUGCAUCGGGACGAGCACUAUGGGAACAAAUAAACACUGUAGUAAAGUUAGAAAAGCAGAUGAGAACAAUUGAUGAUCAUGAAUUACUGACGACACGAGUUAUAGAUCCAAAUCACGAAGUGAAAUCUCUCGACACAGAUGAAUGGAAAAAAGCACCGAUCCUCGUCUUCAGAAAUGAAUUACGAACUGAAUUGAGCAUUCUAGCUACCGCGUCCGAAGCAUUUGAAAAGGAUGUUAAGCCGUUGGUAUGCAUUGCUCAAGACGAAUUCAAAAUUAACAUCAACAAUCCGGAUUUUCACAAAUACCUCCUCGAAUCACUAGAUAAUAAAACCAAAUGGCUACCUGGAUACUUACCGUUAGUUCCGGGCUUGCAUGUUCUAUGGACGGAAAACAUAGCUACAGAAUUAAAAUUAUGUAAUGGUACAACGGCAGUAUUUCGUGAAUCAGUCUACGAGCAAGCGCAUAACAAUCUCAGCAACCUGGAUACAACAAAGUUUCCAAUACAAUCCAUCUACAUCCCAAAACCAUUGUAUGCGCUAGUAGAAAUAGAGAAUUCAAGAACAGACAAACUGUUUGAUACACUUCCUCCGAAACUCAUACCAAUUCCUCCUGUAACACAAAAGUUCAUGCUGAAUAUCAAAGGUUUCCUGGAGAAACAUAAACAUGAAUUAAAACAAGGUGGAAGAAAACUGAAAAGUCACAACCUUACAAUCAAAAGAACACAACUACCACUCGCGCCCACGUAUGCUAUGACCACCCACAAAAGUCAAGGACAAACGAUGCCCAAAAUCGUUAUCGAUCUUGUCUUUCCUCCGAGACCAUCCAAACCUUCCGUUGCACAAGCCUACGUACCGCUAUCGCGAGUGAAGGAAUUAAAACAUUUAGUUAUUUUAAGAAAAUUUCACAUUAAGAACAUACAAAUCCAACCGAACGAAGAGCAGCUGCGAGAAUUAAAUCGACUCGACGCAUUAGAGAAGGAAGCCAAGAGGGGAUAUGAACUGAAAUCUUCCAUUUUUUAA